AUGAUUGCGAAAAGAUUGGUGCUUGUGGCGUUGAUCGCCGUGGCAGCAGCUAACCAGCAAUACUGCAAAUGUGUUUGUUCCGGUAAUACCGUGGUGGGCAAGAUCGACAAGUGUGUGAUGUGCAACAGCAGCUGGUGCUUGGAGAAGAACGAUAAGCUUUGCGAGGAGAAGGAGGACGAGGAGAAGAUUGUGAUUAGUUGUUUUCAGAUCGAAUCAACGAAGGAGAAGGUGAUCAUUGUGUUGUUUGUGCUUGGGGUGAUUGCCAUGGAGAUGUGGAUACUAGGUGAGAGAGGUGUUUGA